AACGUUUUUUCGGCAUAGUAAAAAAUAAAAAUAAUAGCAAAGAAAGGGGAAGGUAUCGGCCUUCGCGAUUUACAUGAAAGCGCAUCUGGAGUUACAGAGAUCUCUUUGAAUCUCCAACACCCUUUGGAUCGGAGGAAGCCGGCCGGAACUCGCAGUCGCAGCCUCUGGAAAAUUAAUUUGUGACAAUGUCCAUGGUGGACGAGCCACUGUAUCCAAUAGCAGUAUUGAUAGAUGAGCUGAAGAAUGAUGACAUUCAACUACGAUUAAACUCCAUACGUAGACUGUCCACUAUAGCGCGGGCGCUUGGGGAGGAAAGGACUCGAAAAGAGUUGAUCCCAUUUCUGAGUGAGAAUAAUGACGAUGAUGAUGAGGUGCUACUUGCCAUGGCUGAAGAAUUGGGUGUUUUCAUUCCAUAUGUUGGAGGGGUGGAGCAUGCUCAUGUAUUGCUCCCUCCUCUUGAAACACUUUGUACCGUGGAGGAGACAUGUGUUAGGGACAAAGCUGUAGAGUCAUUAUGCCGAAUAGGAUCACAGAUGAGAGAAAGCGAUUUGGUUGACUCAUUUAUUCCUCUUGUGAAGAGGCUGGCAGCUGGUGAGUGGUUCACGGCUCGAGUUUCAGCUUGUGGGCUUUUUCAUAUUGCUUACCCAAGUGCCCCGGAUAUAUUAAAGACUGAAUUGAGGUCAAUAUAUGCCCAACUGUGUCAAGAUGAUAUGCCUAUGGUAAGGAGGGCUGCUGCAACAAAUUUGGGGAAGUUUGCAGCCACUGUGGAAGCUGCUCAUCUUAAGACUGAUAUCAUGGCUAUGUUUGAGGAUCUUACACAAGAUGAUCAGGAUUCUGUUCGCUUGCUAGCUGUUGAGGGCUCUGCUGCUCUUGGAAAGCUAUUAGAACCUCAAGAUUGUGUUGCACAUAUUCUCCCUGUAAUCGUUAACUUCUCACAGGAUAAGUCUUGGCGUGUGCGUUACAUGGUUGCCAACCAACUCUAUGAGCUAUGUGAAGCUGUGGGCCCUGAACCCACUCGGACGGAUUUGGUUCCUGCAUAUGUCCGCCUGCUCCGCGACAAUGAAGCUGAAGUGAGAAUAGCUGCUGCUGGAAAAGUAACAAAAUUUUGUCGAAUUCUUAGUCCUGAUCUUGCUAUUCAGCACAUUCUUCCAUGUGUGAAGGAAUUAUCUUCCGAUUCUUCACAGCAUGUGAGGUCUGCCUUGGCAUCAGUGAUAAUGGGAAUGGCUCCUGUUUUAGGAAAGGAUGCAACAAUUGAACAACUUCUUCCCAUAUUUCUUUCCCUUUUGAAAGAUGAAUUUCCUGAUGUUCGCCUCAAUAUCAUUAGCAAGCUGGAUCAAGUCAACCAGGUUAUUGGAAUUGACUUACUUUCUCAAUCAUUGUUACCUGCGAUCGUUGAGCUGGCAGAGGAUAGGCACUGGAGAGUUCGGCUUGCCAUCAUAGAAUAUAUUCCCUUGCUGGCUAGUCAGUUGGGUGUUGGAUUUUUCGAUGAUAAGCUUGGUGCCCUUUGCAUGCAGUGGCUUCAGGACAAGGUUCACUCUAUUCGGGAUGCUGCAGCUAACAAUUUGAAACGUCUGGCAGAAGAAUUUGGUCCAGAAUGGGCAAUGCAACACAUUGUUCCUCAGGUUUUGGAUAUGGUAAACAAUCCACACUAUCUAUAUCGCAUGACUGUUCUUCGCGCAAUUUCGCUACUUGCUCCAGUCAUGGGUGCUGAAAUAACCUGCUCUAAAUUAUUACCCGUGAUUGUUAAUGCAACCAAGGACAGGGUACCCAACAUUAAAUUUAACGUGGCCAAGGUGUUGCAAUCCAUGAUACCCAUUGUCGAUCAAUCUGUAGUGGAGAAAACGAUUCGCCCCGCAUUGGUAGACCUUGCGGAGGACCCCGAUGUCGACGUCCGCUUUUUUGCGAAUCAAGCAUUGCAAUCAAUCGAUCAUGUGAUGUCAAGCUAGACAGCAACGACGGCAAAGUGUAGUUGUCUUGUGAUUGCCAUUUUCUCUGUUAGUGUGAUCUGAUAGAUCUUGGAUGGAUAAUCCAAUCCUCCUUUGUUUGUUUUCAAGUAUUAUAUAUAUAUAUAUAUAUCUAUAUAUAGAUAUCUUUGUUGUCCUGAGUCUCGUCCAUUGUUGUUCCAUAUUUUUCCCCAUAGUCUUGCAAAUGUUUAGACUUCAUCGUCGUCGUGGUCGUUGUCAUAUUAUUAGCACUGUAUUUUCAAUUGUAUCGGUUAACAUUAAGGCUUGAGCAAGUGUAGUAUUUUGAUUCUCA